AUGGAGGAGGUGCUGUGGCACCCCUUCCUAAAGGUGGCCUGGACGCAGGCUGAGAAAUUUGCGGUCCACUCCCAAGGCUUUUUGAGGGUCUGCGCUGAGAGCUGCCCGUGUAUCAAAUUCGGGGUCCCAGUGCUCGUGGAGCCCCAGGUCACUGGCUGGGAGAUGAGGGCCCAUGUCCGCAGGGGUCUCCUGUCCCAGAAGCUCUUUGGCAGUCUGGAGCUGGUGUUCCUGGCCAGACACAACAUGCAUGCGCUCAGGGAUGGCAAGGAGAUCAAGUGGCCGGAUGCCAUGUACCCAGACCUCCACAUGCCCUUUGCACCAUCCUGGUCCCUGCACUGGGCGUACAGAGAUGGACAUCUGGUCAACCUGCCAGUUAGCCUGUUGGUGGAAGGAGACAUCAUAGCUCUGAGGCCCGGCCAGGAAUCGUUUGCCUCUCUGAGGGGGAUCAAGGAUGAUGAACACAUUGUCUUAGAGCCGGGAGACCUGUUUCCCCCUUUCUCUCCACCCCCUUCCCCCAGGGGAGAAGUGAAGAAAGGGCCACAGAACCCCCAGCAGCACAGACUCUUCCGUGUCCUUGAGACCCCCGUGAUUGACAACAUCAGGUGGUGCCUGGACAUGGCCCUGUCCCGCCCAGUCACUGCUCUGGACAACGAGCGGUUCACGGUGCAGUCGGUGAUGUUGCACUACGCUGUGCCUGUGGUCCUGGCUGGCUUCCUCAUCACCAAUGCCCUGCGCUUUAUGCUGAAUGCCCCUGGGGUCACGUCCUGGCAGUACACCCUCCUCCAGCUACAGGUGAACGGCGUCCUGCCCGUCCUCCCCCUGCUCUUUCCAGCCCUCUGGGUUCUGGCGACCGCCUGUGGAGAAGCCCGCGUCCUGGCUCAGAUGAGCAAGGCCUCUCCCAGCUCCUUGCUGGCCAAGUUCUCGGAGGACACUCUCAGCAGCUAUACAGAAGCCGUCUCCUCUCAGGAAAUGCUACGCUGCAUUUGGGGUCACUUCCUGCGGGUGAUCCAGGGGACGUCGCCAACGCUGAGCCAUAGUUCCAGCCUGUUGCACAGCUUGGGCUCUGUCACGGUCCUAUGCUGUGUGGACAAACAGGGGAUCCUGUCAUGGCCAAACCCCAGCCCGGAGACCGUGUUGUUCUUCAGUGGGAAGGUGGAGCCCCCACACAGCAGCCACGAGGACCUAACAGAUGACCUGUCCACCCGCUCCUUCUGCCACCCCGAGGUAGAGGAGGAGCCCCACGAACGAGAUGCCCUCCUGGCUGGCUCCCUGAACACUUCCCUGCACCUUUCCAAUGAGCAGGAACGCGGUGACUGGCCCGGUGACGGUCCCAAGCCCCCUGAAUUCUACUCUCACCACAAAGCACAUGGCCGCAGCAAACACCCAUCCGGCUCCAAUGUGAGCUUCAGCAGGGACACAGAGGGUGGUGAAGAAGAGCCUGGCAAGGCCCAGCCCGGACUGGAGGGCGAGCCGUACGAAGCGGAGGACUUUGUGUGUGACUACCACCUGGAGAUGCUGAGCCUGUCACAGGACCAGCAGAACCCCUCCUGCAUCCAGUUCGAUGACUCCAACUGGCAGCUGCAUCUUACCUCCCUGAAGCCCCUGGGUCUCAAUGUGCUGCUGAACUUGUGUAACGCCAGCGUCACGGAGCGGCUGUGCCGGUUCUCAGACCACCUGUGCAACAUCGCCCUUCAGGAGAGCCACAGCGCCGUCCUGCCCGUGCACGUACCCUGGGGCCUCUGCGAGCUGGCCCGCCUCAUAGGCUUCACUCCUGGGGCCAAGGAGCUCUUCAAACAGGAAAACCACCUUGCACUCUACCGCCUCCCCAGUGCCGAGAUGGUGAAGGAAACCUCGCUGGGAAGGCUCUCCUGUGUCACCAAGCGGCGCCCCCCCCUCAGCCACAUGAUCAGCCUCUUCAUCAAGGACACCACCACCAGUACAGAACAGAUGCUGUCCCAUGGCACGGCGGACGUGGUCUUAGAGGCCUGCACAGACUUCUGGGACGGGGCCGACAUCUACCCUCUUUCGGGUUCUGACAGAAAGAAAGUGCUGGAUUUCUACCAGCGAGCCUGCUUGUCUGGCUACUGCUCUGCCUUUGCCUACAAGCCCAUGAGCUGCGCCCUGUCCUCUCAACUCAACGGCAAGUGCAUUGAGCUGGUGCAGGCGCCUGGCCAAAGCAGCAUCUUCACCAUGUGCGAGCUGCCCAGCACUGUCCCCAUCAAGCUCAGCACCCGCCGCAACAGCUGGAGCUCUGACGAAGGGAUCGGGGAGGUGCUGGAGAAGGAAGACUGUAUGCAGGCCCUGAGCGGCCAGAUCUUCAUGGGCAUGGUGUCCUCCCAGUACCAGGCCCGGCUGGACAUUGUGCGCCUCAUCGACGGGCUGGUCAAUGCCUGCAUCCGCUUCGUCUACUUCUCUUUGGAGGAUGAGCUCAAAAGCAAGGUGUUUGCAGAAAAGAUGGGCCUGGAGACAGGUUGGAACUGCCACAUCUCUCUCACGCCCAAUGGGGACAUGCCUGGCUCUGAGAUCCCCCCCUCCAGCCCUAGCCAUGCUGGCUCCCUGCAUGAUGACCUGAAUCAGGUGUCCCGAGAUGAUGCAGAAGGGCUCCUUCUGAUGGAGGAGGAGGGUCACUCUGACCUCAUUAGCUUCCAGCCGACAGACAGUGACCUCCCCAGCUUCCUGGAGGACUGCAACCGGGCCAAGCUGCCCCGAGGCAUCCACCAGGUGCGUCCCCACCUGCAGAACAUUGACAACGUGCCCCUGCUAGUGCCCCUGUUCACCGACUGUACCCCCGAGACCAUGUGUGAGAUGAUCAAGAUCAUGCAGGAAUAUGGGGAGGUGACCUGCUGCCUGGGCAGCUCUGCCAACCUCAGGAACAGUUGCCUUUUCCUCCAGAGCGACAUCAGCAUUGCCCUGGAUCCCCUGUACCCAUCCCGCUGCUCCUGGGAGACCUUUGGCUACGCCACCAGCACCAGCAUGGCCCAGGCCUCGGAUGGCCUUUCUCCCCUGCAGCUCUCGGGGCAGCUCAACAGCCUGCCCUGCUCCCUGACAUUUCGCCAAGAAGAGACCAUCAGCAUCAUCCGGCUCAUUGAGCAGGCUCGGCACGCCACCUACGGCAUUCGCAAGUGCUUCCUCUUCCUGCUGCAAUGCCAGUUGACUCUGGUGGUCAUCCAGUUCCUGUCUUGUCUGGUUCAGCUGCCACCACUGCUGAGUACCACUGACAUCCUGUGGCUGUCCUGCUUUUGCUACCCUCUGCUCAGCAUCUCUCUGCUGGGAAAGCCCCCGCAUAGCUCCAUCAUGUCUAUGGCCACGGGGAAGAACCUUCAGUCCAUUCCUAAGAAGACCCAGCACUACUUCCUGCUCUGCUUCUUGCUCAAAUUCAGCCUCACCGUCAGCUCGUGCCUCAUCUGCUUUGGCUUCACGCUGCAGAGCUUCUGUGACAGCUCCCGGGCCCGCAACCUCACCAACUGCUCCUCCAUCAUGCUGAGCAGUCAUGCCGACACAGCUCCAGCCUGGUUUGACGACUUUGCCAACGGACUGCUGACGGCCCAGAAGCUCACGGCGGCCCUGACCGUCCUGCACACGGUCUUCAUUUCUAUCACCCACGUGCAUCGCACCAAGCCCCUGUGGAGAAAGAGCCCCUUGACAAACCUCUGGUGGGCCGUGACGGUGCCCGUGGUCCUGCUGGGGCAGGUGGGCCAGACGGCAGUGGACCUACAGCUGUGGACACACAGGGACAGCCGUGUCCACUUUGGCCUGGAGGACGUGCCUCUGCUGACAUGGCUCCUGGGCUGCCUCUCCCUGGUCCUUGUGGUGGUCACCAACGAGAUCGUGAAGCUGCAUGAGAUUCGGGUCCGGGUUCGCUACCAGAAGCGACAGAAACUGCAGUUUGAAACGAAGCUGGGCAUGAACUCCCCCUUCUGA